AUGCUACGAGAAACCAAGCAGGUCUGCUACGAUGAAGGACGACACGCUGUCCAUCUCAUCUUCUGGACGAGGGAACUCGCCACUAAGUGGAGCGCCGUUUUUCACUCCCUCCCCUUUCGGACGGAUGGCAUCCGCGACAAGCAGCCGCGGGAGUGCUAUCACGUUCGAUUACUCAAUGUGUCCCGCUUUCUGGACGAAUCAGCACUCGAUGCCUUCAUCCAGGGACAGUUCCAUGGGUCCUACACGACGUGGCAAGAACCGUCGUCAAAGGCCCGUAAGCUACAGACGGAUGCAUGGGACGUGUACUUCAAGAGCACACAUUGCCCCGAAUUUCUCAACGGAAUGCGGUUCAUCGGCUGGGCUGGCCACAAAAUCCUAGUGCAACAUGCAAGCCGUUCUAGGGCACCGCCUUGUUUCAAAUGUGGGGCCUCUGGCCACACCCGAAACCAGUGUAACGUGCCCGACGAUUCCUGGAAGUAG